AUGGCGUACGUGUACAAACGAGAACGAGUAGCGUUUGACAAAAUCACGGCGCGUAUCACCAAAUUGUGUUAUGGUCUCGAUACCGAGCACGUGGACCCUAUUGAAAUCACCAAGAAAGUAAUAUCUGGGGUUUAUCAGGGGGUUACCACAGUGGAGCUUGAUAACCUGGCAUCCGAGACAGCAGCGUACCUCACUACCAAGCACCCAGAUUAUGCCAUCUUGGCCGCACGUAUUGCCAUUUCCAACUUGCACAAGGAGACAAAAAAGAGUUUCAGUCAAGUCAUCUCUGAUCUGUAUUACUAUGUUAGUCCAAAGACCCGUAAGCCGUCGGGUAUGAUCUCUGAAGAGGCAUACGAAAUUAUCACGGAAAAUGCUGCCGCGUUGGACUCCGCUAUUAUCUAUGACCGUGACUUCCAUUACAACUAUUUUGGGUUUAAAACUCUUGAGCGAUCAUACCUGCUUCGGAUUGAUGGGAAGGUUGCCGAAAGGCCUCAGCACAUGCUGAUGCGCGUAGCCGUUGGCAUCCACGGUCGUGACAUCGAAAAGGCCAUCGAGACUUACAAUCUUAUGUCUGAGCGCCACUUUACCCAUGCUUCGCCGACACUGUUUAAUGCGGGUACACGGCAUCCACAACUCGCCAGUUGCUUCCUUGUCGCUAUGAAAGAGGAUAGCAUUGAAGGGAUCUAUGAUACGCUGAAGACCUGUGCCCUCAUUUCCAAGACCGCUGGCGGCAUUGGCUUAAGCGUAUCCAACAUCCGUGCUAAAGGUUCUUAUAUUGCCGGUACUAAUGGCCAGUCCAAUGGUCUCGUGCCCAUGCUCCGCGCGUACGACGCCACUGCUCGAUAUGUCGAUCAAGGGGGGAACAAACGCCCUGGAGCCUUCGCCAUAUAUCUUGAACCAUGGCAUGCUGAUGUCUUUGAUUUCCUUGACCUCCGAAAGAAUCACGGCAAGGAGGAGGUUCGUGCGCGGGAUCUCUUCUAUGCCCUUUGGAUUCCCGAUCUCUUCAUGAAACGUGUUGAAGCGGAUCAAGAUUGGUCAUUGUUUUGCCCAGCUGAAGCUCCUGGUCUUCAGGAGGUUCAUGGUGCUGAGUUCGACGCACUCUACACAAAAUAUGAGCAAGAGGGGCGGAUGAGGCGGACUAUUAAAGCACAAAAACUUUGGUUCGCUGUCCUUGAUGCGCAAAUCGAAACUGGUGGGCCCUUCAUGCUAUACAAGGACUCGGCGAAUGCUAAAUCUAAUCAGAAGAACCUCGGCACAAUCAAAUCGUCCAAUCUAUGCACUGAAAUCAUUGAGUAUACAGCUCCUGAUGAGGUUGCCGUUUGCAAUCUUGCGUCAAUCGCUCUACCUACGUUCAUUGCCAAUGACAAAAAGUACGACUUCGCCAAACUCCAUGCAGUCACCAAGGUUGUCACCCUCAAUUUAAAUCGCAUCAUCGACGUCAACUAUUAUCCUGUCCCUGAGGCGCGCAAGUCCAACAUUCGUCAUCGUCCCAUCGGAAUUGGUGUUCAAGGUCUUGCCGAUGCGUUCAUGAUUUUGCGCAUUCCGUUUGAGUCCAACGAUGCACGAGACCUUAACCGUCGCAUCUUUGAAACCAUUUACCAUGCCGCUCUUGAAGCUUCGUGCGAACUUGCAGAGAAACAAGGGCCGUAUGAAACGUACGAUGGUUCCCCUGCAUCUCAGGGAGAACUUCAGUACGAUCUCUGGGGCGUGACUCCUACCGAUCUUUGGGACUGGAAAGCCCUCAAGGCAAAUAUCGCGAAGCACGGUCUUAGGAAUUCACUACUCCUGUCACCUAUGCCAACUGCAAGCACAAGUCAAAUCUUAGGCUUCAACGAAUGCUUCGAGCCUUACACCAGCAACAUGUACACUCGUCGCGUCUUGUCUGGAGAAUUCCAGGUCGUCAAUCCGUGGUUGUUGAAAGAGCUUGUCGAGCGCAAGCUUUGGGAUGAAACCAUGAGGAACAUGAUUAUUGCCCAUGGAGGGUCCGUUCAGCAGAUCCCCAAUGUCCCUGCUGACAUCAAGGCCAUCUAUAAAACAGUCUGGGAAAUUAGUCAAAAGAAGAUUCUCGAACUUGCCGCUGAUCGCGGCGCCUUCAUCUGCCAGAGUCAGAGUUUGAAUGUUCACAUGCAAAGCCCUACUGUUGGUCAAUUGACAAGCAUGCACUUUUAUGGAUGGAAGAAAGGUCUCAAAACUGGCAUGUAUUAUCUCCGCACUCGCCCAGCACAAGCCGCCAUCCAGUUCACCGUGGAUCAGAGCUUGUUGAAGCAGGCUGCACCAGUGCCAACGCAGGUACCUGCACCCGUUGUUGCUUCAGUCCCUGUGAGCGGUACCAAGCCAUUCAGCGCGUCAUCGAGCACGCUGUCGCCGUCACCUCCAAGUGCAACUUCGUCUCUCUCCAGUCCAACCCUCACUCCUACACAGACCACAUCCGGGUUGCCCUCAGUUGUUGCUGCCCCGAGACCUCCAGUGGCGGCCGACACUCCUUCCUCGUCAGCAAGUUCGGUGGCUUCUGCCGCCAGUGCUAACGGCGUGUCUACGUCGAUCACAACACUGGAAGCAACAAGCUCCACCGAGAAAACCGCUGCUGAUAUUGCAGCCGAGGGUGAUCCCGAGUUUUCAGCUGCACUGGAGAGACAGCGCCAGCGUAAGUAUGAAGAGGAGAAAUUAAUGUGUUCUCUUGAGAACAAGGAGGCAUGCUUGAUGUGCUCCAGCUAA